AUGCCAGACAUCAAGGAGAAUGUGCCCCCCAAAGACCCCAGCGUCGCGGAAAGCGGCUCCUGCGAGCCCGAGACCACAGGACUGACCCAGGAAGACGAGAGCGGCUCCCAGGACCAGCCUUCACUACUUUCAGUUACAGAUCUGACAGAGACAGUGAAUGAGGUUUCCAAGCUGAGCAGCGAGAUUGGACUGAAUCAUGAUUUCCAUGUGGAGGAGAAUCUGCCUCCAAACAGUUCGGAAGGCAAGGUCAAGGAGACAAUGCACAAUGACUUUUGGGACCAUCUUAAAGAACAGCUGUCAGCUACUCCUCCCGACUUCAGUUGUGCUCUCGAACUUCUGAAAGAAAUUAAAGAGAUCUUGCUGUCGCUGCUGUUACCACGCCAGAACCGCCUGAGAAGUGAGAUUGAAGAAGCUCUGGACAUGGAGUUGAUCAAGCAGGAAGCAGAACACGGAGCCCUGGAUGUCCCUUACCUUUCAAAAUACAUCCUCAACAUGAUGACUCUGUUGUGUGCACCUGUUCGAGAUGAAGCAGUACAGAAACUUGAGAACAUCUCAGACCCUGUUCGGUUAUUGAGAGGAAUCUUCCAGGUUCUGGGCCUGAUGAAAAUGGACAUGGUGAAUUACACUAUCCAGAGCCUGCAGCCACACCUUCAGGAACAUUCUAUCCAGUUGGAACGAGCUAAAUUCCAGGAGCAACUCAACAAGCAGCCCAGCCUCCUGGACCACACCACCAAGUGGCUGACCCAAGCAGCAGCGGACCUGUCCACCCCUCCUCCGGCUUCCCUGGACACGCCCGACUCUUCCAGUGUGGCAGGCCCUGCUCCAAGUGAGGGAGCCAGCAACUCUGAGCCCCUGAGCCCCACAAUGGUGUUGUCUCAGGGCUUCCUGAACCUCCUCCUUUGGGACCCUGAAAACGAAGAGUUCCCUGAGACCCUGUUGAUGGACAGAACCCGGCUGCAGGAGCUGGAGUCCCAGUUGCAUCAGUUAACCAUCCUGGCCUCGGUCUUGCUAGUGGCCAGUAGUUUCUCUGGCAGUGUUUUGUUUGGUUCACCCCAGUUUGUGGAUAAACUGAAACGCAUAACCAAGUCCCUGAUGGAGGAAUUUAACUCCAGGCCUGAGGAGGCGAUGCAGACCGUGAGUGAACAGGUGUCUCAGGAAAUCCAUCAAAGCCUCAAGACGAUGGGCCUUGCUGCUCUGAGCAGUGACAACACAGCCUCUCUGAUAGGACAGCUCCAGAACAUCGCCAAGAAGGAGAACUGUGUCCGCAGUGUCAUUGAUCAGCGGAUCCAUCUGUUUCUCAAGUGCUGUUUGGUUCUCGGUGUGCAGCGAUCUCUGUUAGACCUUCCUGGAGGCCUCACUCUCAUUGAGGCGGAGCUAGCGGAACUGGGCCAAAAGUUUGUGAACCUGACACGUCACAAUCAGCAGGUGUUUGGCCCCUACUACACGGAGAUCCUCAAAACCCUCGUCUCCCCAGCCCAGGCCUUGAGCACAAAAGUGGAGUCUCUCUAAUAGCACCAGCUCAGAGCCCUGGCACCUUGGACCCAGGAGAAAGGUCAUCAUCUUCCUGGGGUGACAUCACCAGUGACUAGCAGGGCAAUGAGGCCCCCGAUCCCACAGACAGUAUUCUAGG